GAUACAAAAAUCCUAGCAACGAAGCUCAUUUAUUGAGUCGUUGGUCCAGCUUGGCUUGCGGAGCUUCCCAAGCAGCUGCCUAACUUGGACUUCUUCCUGGCCGCGUCCACCAGCUCCUCUUGGCUCAUUAUGGACCAGGGGUAAAUUCAAGAAGAUUAUUAUUGAGUCGCUGGCUCACGGAAGCAGCAGCCUAACUUGGACUCCUUCCCCACCGCGUCCAGCAGCUCCUCUUGGCUCAUUAUGGACUCUCAUCAGCCCAUGACUUUUAACAGUAACCUAGAGAGAGAGAGAGAGAUCCGAUCACCUCUGUCAUUGAGUACGUUUUGUACAAGCAAGCCGAUUCUGUCAGGUCUGAUAAAAGCACUUGGAAGUACAUCUGGAGAGCAGUUCAAGUCUGCAGGCUAAAUCGCCUGUAGGUACGCACAUCCUUUUAUGAUUGUUCGCCUGUAGGUAACUAAGAAUUAAUGAAAGCAUGUCCCAUGCAAACUACGUAAUUUUGCAACAUGCUUAGGAUGGGCAGCAGAAUUGAGAAAGAUUAUGAUGUCCUGGAGGGUAUACUUAUUGAAGUUGCGAAACCGAGAGAUCUGCCACUAGCACUUCUAGAGGACAUCACAGAGCAUUUCUCUUCGAUAUGUAACCAACAUCUACAUAUUCUGGUGGCAUGUAGCUGCUGCAUCAUAUUAUCAGCAUCAAAGAUACUGUCAAGCAUUUUUUUUUCAUCUGAGGAUCCAGUCAAACCUUUAAAUCAACUCGAGGCUGCAGUGGGUUAGAGAUAAGGACGCUUCAACUAGCCUAGCUAUUUAAUAGGGAACUAGCAUUGAAAAAACUAAUCUCUAGCUCAUAGUCAUAUUUAGAACUGGAGGCUGGCGUGGCAUUGCACACCUCACUCAGAUCAGAAAAGGUGAUGGGAACUUAUUUCAUAGGCAGGUAGCAUUAGAAAACAAAUCUGUAGCUGUUAUUCACCUCAAUCAGUUGAGAGGAGGUAACUAAUCUGUAUUUGAAGUGUCAUUGGAUUAUAAGGAAUUUUCUAUUGCUCAUGUAAAAAAAAGGAAUGUUCUAUUGCUAGAACAAUAAUGUAUAAGGAAACCACAUCUGUAUUUGUAGAUUUCUAGAACUAAGAAAACAUGAGCAUUGGUUCUUCAUUAUUAUGUCCUCAAAUUGGUCGAGGAGGGAUGCUUGUAACCACCUCUCUCUCUCUCUCUCUCUCUCUCUCCCUACUUUGAGUAUGGUGACACCUCAGCAUUUGGCCUGAUUGUUUGGGGCCUUGGGGUAGUUGAAAUCAGGUUUUAAUUAUUGUUGUGAUGAUGCGAUCACCUGGUCCCAGUUGUGCAUCUUAUUCAUUGCAUUCCAGCAUAAACUACUGAAGGGUAUCAGGCCAUUUGAUGAAAACUAAUGACAACCUUACUUUUUAUAUGUCCCCCCACUAGAAUUAUGCGAAUUGGUAGCGGUAGGUGUAGACCAAGCACGGACUAGCCAGGACAAUGAGAAAAGCAGUCGAGCACACACCACAUGAGAGCAAAAGGUAGAGGAAGCACAGCAAAACAGAGCUCACGGGUCAGGCCAAGCAGAGGGAGAAGAGCAGAGCACAACAAACAGUGCUCAAGGCUCAAGCCAAACAAAGGAGACGAGCAAGCCGCCAGCAAGUUGCGCGACUCGCUCUGUGAGUCGAGUCGCCGGAGCAAGCCGGCGUCCAUUCUGCGGCUAAGCGAUUUACUUUGUUCUGCGCCUUCUCUAACUGCCCAUUCUCCUCUUUCCUCUUUUAGAGCUUCUGUACUAAAUCAACUGGUAUCUCCAUCUUCAACUUGGAAAUCACCUCUUUCAUUGAGUACGUUUUGUACGAGUAAGCCGAUUCUGUCAGUGCAAGGUUUGAUCAAAGCGCUUGGAAGUACAUCUGCAUAGCAGUUCGAGUCUGCAAGCUAGAUUGCCUGUAGAAUUGAGAAAUGGGGGGCAGAAUUGAGAAAAAAUAUGAGGUCCUGGAGGAUAUACUUGCUGGAGUUGUGAUGCCGAGAGAUCUGCCACUAGCACUUCUAGAGGAUAUCACGGAUCAUUUCUCAGAUAAAAGAAUAAUUGGCAAGGGGGGAUUCGCAAUGGUUUACAAGGGUGUCCUCGGAAACAAGAAUGUUGCUGUGAAGAAGAUUUCUGUGAACAAAGACACAGUCAGUGAGAAGUUAUUUCAUCGUGAGGUUGCUAGCCUGAUGAAGAUAGAAAAACAUCAAAACUUAGUCCGGUUUCUGGGCUUCUGUUCUAAUAAAGCUCGUGUCGUGGAAGAACAGACAGGAUCAGAAGAACCAAUUUACUUUCAAAUUAUGGAUAUAUUACUCUGUUUCGAGUACAUCAGCAACGGAAGCCUUGAUAAACAUAUUACCGAUGAACUUCGUGGACUCACAUGGGAUACACGUUUUGAUAUAAUCAGAGGAAUUUGUGAGGGUAUGCGUUAUCUUCAUGAGGAUAAAUCUAUCAUUCAUAUGGAUCUGAAACCAGCAAACAUACUACUUGAUGAUCAUAUGAUACCAAAAAUUACGGAUUUUGGUCAGUCAAGAUUCGCUGAAAACACACAUACUAAGGAAAUUUUUAUAACACCAAAAUAUGGCGCUCCAGAAUACCUGAAAGAUGGCAGAACGUCAAAAAAGGCUGAUAUAUAUAGUUUGGGUGUUGUUAUUCGAGAACUGGUGACAGGAAGUGAGGACAGUCGAGAUACAGCCCAUGUACUUCGAAGGUGGACACACAGGUGGCAUAAACAGCAGACACAACACCAAUACCAACAAGUAAUUAAAUGCAUGGAAAUAGCGGUACGCUGCAGUGAACAUGAACCAGAAAAUAGGCCUUCUAUCAGUGAUAUAAUCCGCGGUCUAAGCGAAAUAGAAAGUACAAAUGGGCCCAUUGACCAGAUGAGCCUAUAUCAGUAUGAUGACAUGCUUGGGAUUGAGCCACUCGAGCUAUGUUUCUCUUUGGAACAUAUAUCGUGCUUAGUUGAGCUAACCAACGAGACAACUAAUUCCAUCGCCUUCAACAUCGGAAGGCCAAGCAAACAGUACAGCACUCAGCCUGACAAAGGCAUUGUGCCGCCAGGAUGCAAGCGCGAUGUGAAGAUAACACUGCAACCACAUGAGAGUGCAACACAAGUUACGAGUUCUGAUAAGCUCGUCGUAAAGAGCACACAAGUGAGUGUGGGUGUAGCAGAUCAUAAUAUUACUUCUGACAUGUUCAUAACCAAGGGUGGCAAAAACGUGGUUGAUAAAGUCAGUUUGAUGGUUCUAUAUCAGCCCAAGACAAUUAAUCUGCAAGAAGAGGCAGUCCCUGAGGACAUUGGGUCUAGUAGCCGUAAUAAGAAAAUACGUAGGUUAAGUACACCACAACUAUUGUACUUCGACCUAGUUGAAAGCAUUCCACGGAAUCUAGCCACUGGCUUGAUGAGCGACCAAACCGUGGAUCUCGCAACAGGAGCCAUCGGAAGCCUGCUUGCCAAGCUGAGUGAGCUCCUCAACAUGUACAAUCUGGAGGCGAGCAUUAGGAGCGAUGUGGAUUGUGUCAUACAUGAGCUAAGAGUCAUGCGCGCUGACCUCUGCAAUGUUUCAGAGGUGCAGUGGGACAGCAACAAUGAGAAUAUCAAAUUAGCCAAACUUUGGGCUGGCGAAGUUAGGGAAUUGUCAUAUAACAUAGAGGAUGUCGUCGAUGGCUUCCUGAUACACGCCAAGGGCUCAGAACCCGCCACCCGUAUUGGAGGGUUGAUAGAGUCCAUAAAAAGGAUAAUGGGCCUGUUCAUGUCGGGAAGUUCGACCAGUCACCAGAUUGGUGGCGCGAUCAAAGACAUCAAGAACAAAGUCCAGCAUCAGUCUAGCUGGAAGGGAAAGUACAAGGUCGAAGAGGUCAAAAAGGUUGCAAAUACAGUUUCCACAAUCAAUGCCCAUUAUCUAUCAGCUUUGGUGAAAGAUCGCGACAAACUCUUUGGCAUCGACGAUGCAAUAAACGACCUCACCAAGAGGUUAAGAGGUGCAGAUGGCAAUGGGGACAUGUAUGGGCUCAAGAUACACUCCAUUUUUGGUAUUGGAGGACUGGGCAAGACCACACUUGCCAGAGCUGUGUAUAAUCAGCUCAAAGGGUCCUUCCGUUUGACUGCUUUUGUUUCACUGGGUCGGAAUCCCGAUGUGAAGAAACUCUUCUACGACAUUCUAUUUGAACUUGACGAACCAAGGCAUACAAAAUUGAAGCCAGCAAAUUUGGAUGAAAGCCAGCUUAUACGUGUACUCACAGACCUGCUCAAGAACAACAGGUACCUCAUUGUUAUCGAUGAUAUGUGGGACACAAAAGUAUGGCAUGAUUUUAUCAAAUUUGCUUUUCUUGGUAGCAAAUGCGGAAGUAAAAUAAUCAUAACUACACGUAUAUUUGAAGUUGCCGCAAUAGCUACUGAUGUAUACAAGCUGAACCCUCUUUCUGAUGGUUAUUCUGAAGAGCUAUUCUAUGCAACACUGUCUCCUGAGGAAGGCUGUGAGUAUGAUUUAACAGAUGGGGUAAUUGAAAAGAUUUUAUCAAAAUGCGAUGGUGUGCCAUUAGCUAUAAUUACAAUAGCUAGUAUGUUGGGCAGUAAACAGAGGGAGGAUUGGCCUAAGGUGUACAACUCUAUUGGUUUUGGGACUGAGGUUACCGAAGAUGUCGAUAACACAAGGAAGAUAUUGUUGUUUAGCUAUAGUGAUCUUCCACGCCAUAUAAGGACAUGCUUAUUGCAUCUAAGCAUAUAUCCAGAGAACUAUUUUAUCUGCAAAGACACGGUGAUAUGGAUGUGGGUUGCCGAAGGUUUUGUUCAUGACGAAUCAGGGAGAAGUUUAUUUGAGAUUGGGGAGAGAUAUUUCAAUCAGCUCGUCAAUAGAAGCAUGGUCCAGCUGGUGGCAAAUCCGCGCUACCUGGUCAGCACAAUGAUUCAUUUCCGUAUCCAUGAUUUGGUGCUUGAUAUGAUUUGUGCAUUGUCAAAGGAUGAAAACUUUGUUACUUUAUUGGAAAUAGAUGAGCAACACACAUCUUUAAAGAACAAUGCUCGUAGAUUAGCUGUCCAAAAGAGAGACAUUGAGAAGCUAGACCCUCCAACUAUUAAUUGCCACGGGCUGAGAUCAUUUUAUGCCAUUGGCUGCCAUAUUGAUGUGAUGCAACCACUUUCAAGAUUUAAAGUAUUACGCGUCCUAUCUUUGGCAGGAUGUAGAAUUAAUGAAGAUCAGCCUUAUCAGCUUGAACAUAUUGGGAAUCUACUUCAGUUGAGGUAUCUCGGACUAGAGAGAAUGCCUAUUUGUAAGCUCCCUGAAGAAAUUGGAGAUCUCCUUUUUCUGCAAACCUUGGUUCUGAAGGGAACUAAGAUAAAAGAACUGCCACAUAGUGUGGGCCUGCUUAGACAACUGAAGUGUCUGUGUGCUCCCAAAGUUAAAGUUCCUGAUUGGCUGGUGAACAUGACAUCUCUAGAAGACCUAAAGUUGGAUGCACUAAUGCCCUUUGUUUUUGCUGAAGGGCUGAUCAAUCUAAAAGAGCUUAGAGACCUCCAGAUUCAGAGUUAUCGUUCAUUUGGUGAUAAUUCGGACAGAGCUUUGGUGAAGUCUAUAGGGAAUUUGCAUAAACUCCAAAGCCUAAUACUAAUUAACUUCAUGGACAAUGCUGACGAGAUCUGGGAAGGCUUUGUUCCCCCUCGACAUCUCCAUAGCAUGAACAUGUACGUGGGAUUUUAUGGUGUCCCUCCUUGGAUGGAUCCAACACAUCUUCCAAGCCUCUCCGUCCUUCAGUUGCAUUUGUGUAGUAUGGAGGCACGCUGUCUAGAGAUCCUUGGGAGGUUACCCGAACUACAUACCCUCAAACUGCAGACCGGAGAGGGGAGCUGGCUUACGGUCACGGGCAGUGGUGCAUUCCCCAAGUUGAGGCACUUGCGUAGUAGUCGCGCAAUGCUGAGAUUUCAGCGGGGAGUUAUGACACGGCUUGAAUACCUUGAGCUCGAGGUCCGUGUACCGGAAUUGAAAAAGGCCAAGUUUGACUGCGACUUUACUAGCUUGGGGAACCUCCCUUUGCUUCAGAAAUUAAGUGUUCAUCUGACGUGUAAGGCCGACGAUCCUGAAUACGGGAAGAGGAUGGAGGUAGCAGUGAAGCACGCAAUUGAUAGGCAUCCACACCGUCGUCCCAUCCUUCACUGGAUUCAUUAGAGAUGCUCCGUUAGGGAUAUUCUUCCUUGUAAUUGUUGUUGUUGUAACCCUAGUCUCUGAGCUAAUAUAAAUAUGGAACCCCGCGGCUGAUUGCACCGUGGGAGGCUUGGGUUUACAGGAGGACUAUAUUGUAACAAAUGAUUCAGAUAUUGCAAGCUUAAGCGGCCCUCCAUUUCAAGUUGCCCUGGAAUAUGCUUGCACUGAAUCUUAGUAUUAAUAUUCUUGUGUUAUGCAUGGUUCUCAUGAUGCAACCAUGGUAGAUAAUCAGGAGACAGAUGGGUGGUGGCUUUCAGUUCCAGGUUCAGGUUUUUCAGUUAAAGACAGCGUUUUGCAGAUUCAGGUCCGCUUGCUCUCUGCACUAUGUGCAUGCAGUUGGCAACUGUUAUGGAUAGUAGUAAUGAUAAUCUCGUCAAGUUAACAGCGUUUUGCGCAUCGCCUUGACAGUUGCAUGUUGUCUCUUCUCCAUGUCCGUAGCUAGCAUGUUGUCUCUUCUCCAUGUGCUUUCAUGUCUAGAUCUUGUGAGCUGCCUAACAUGAUCAAGAUCAUCUUAUUGUAAUUGCUAUUUGUUGUGUUU